AUGUUGGGAAACCGUGUUGCUGCUCAAUUGGCGAUUCGCCAGCUGAAAAUGCGCGGAUUGUUGUCGUCGCAGCCGAGAUUGACAACAGUGAGACAUCGUUUCGCUUGGGGCGAAGACGCCGUCGGACCGAACGUGCCGGUCGGUGGCAAAAUGGGAGCACCGGAGAAUCCGGAGCUUCACACCUACGACGGCGAUUAUCGCGGCACAAUCGCGAAGGGCGACAAACCCAUUCCAGACUACUUCUAUCGUACGCCGACUAUGGGACGAACUUACAUCGAUCGAUGUGUGAGCUACUUCAUCUCGGCUCUUCUUUGGGCGUGGUUCAGCUAUCACAUGUACUAUCAUUCAGGACACAUUUUCGGUCAUUGGUACAUGCCUUAUUUGCACGAGUUCACCGACGAGGAGCUCGGAAUUCCGGCCGAUUCGGCGCCGGAUCCGGAAUAUUGGGGAAAUCACAAGAAGGAAUAUGGAACCUACCGAUAA